ACAUCUCGCGAAGCAAGCAAUCUCCUCCCUCUGUACGUGUUGGUCGAACUGAACAGUACUGAAUAUUCCAGUAGCACUAGCUAGCUACCUGAUGAUGAAUUCUGCCCCGAGCAAGGCCAUGGCAAGCACACAGCAGCUGGGCGAGAUCCGUCGUCAGCAGCGUGCGGACGGGCAUGCGGCUGUGCUGGCCAUUGGCACGGCGAACCCGCCCAAUUGCGUGUCCGAGGACGAGUAUCCCGACUACUACUUCCGUGUCACCAAGAGCCAACAUCUCACCGACCUCAAACACAAAUUCAAGACAAUGUGCGAGAAGACAUGCACGGAGAAGCGCUUCUUCCACCACACGGAGGCGCUCCUGGACGCGCACCCUCAUUUCCUCGACCGCGGGAAGCCCUCCCUCGACGCCCGGCUGAGCAUCGCGGCCGCCGCUGCCCCGGGGCUCGCCGCGCAAGCCGCAAACAAGGCCAUAGCCAAGUGGGGCCGUCCGGCCACCGACAUCACCCACCUCAUCGUCAGCACCAACGCCGGCGCGCACAGCCCGGGCGCCGACCUCGUCCUGGCCUCGCUCCUCGGGCUCCGCGCCUCCGUCAUCCGCACCAUGCUCCACCUCAAUGGCUGCUCCGCGGGCGCCGCCUCGCUGCGCCUCGCGAAGGACUUGGCCGAGAACAACCGCGGCGCCCGGGUCCUGGUGGUCUGCGUGGAGCUCACCAUCGUGGGCUUCCGUGGGCCGGAGGAGGCCUACCCCCACACUCUCGUUAGCCAAGCGGCCUUCGGCGACGGGGCAGGGGCUGUCAUCGUCGGCGCUGAUGCCUGCCCUGAGGAGCACCCGCUCUUCGAGAUGGUGUCCGCCUCGCAGACGGUGAUACCGGACACCGGGCACGUGCUCACCAUGCUGCUCACGGAAGCCGGCCUCGACGGGCAUAUUCUGACCCGGGAGCUGAUACCGAUAGCCGCGGAGAACAUCGAACAGUGUAUGUCGGAUGCGUUCGGGCCGCUUCUUGGGGGAGGAGUUGUUGGCGUUGGAGAAUGGAACGACCUCUUCUGGGCGGUGCACCCUGGCGUCAGUGCGAUCUUGGACAACAUCGACAAGGCCCUCCGGUUGGAGCCGGGGAAGCUGUCGGCGAGCCGGGCCGUGCUGAGGGACUACGGCAACAUGCUUGGCGCGACGAUCAUCUUCGUGCUCGACGAGCAGCGCCGGCGGAUGGAGGAGGAAGGAGAAGGGGGUGAUAAAUGGGGUGUGAUGAUGGGAUUUGGACCUGGCUUCACCAUUGAGACCAUGGUGCUGCAUGCUACUACCAAUCUCAAGAAAAAUUAGCAUGCAUGCGGUUCUUUAAAACUCGCAUCGAAUAAAAUCAACAAGCACAGUUGCAUUAAUAUAUAUUACCAGAGCUCUGUUUUCUUCUUUAAUUAGCUUCUGAGCUGUAUC